AUGACGGUCCUCGAGCGAGCAGGAUCGCGAUUCGCUAGCUGGCUCUCCUGCUUGUUUCUUCGUCCCGAGUCAGAUAAUGGAGGUCAGCAGCGGCAGGAGGAUGGGAAGAGUGUUGAACGGGAGCGAGAUCUGACAAUAAAUAUUCAGCCGGGGCUCGUUUCUCCUAUGCGCUUGGCUUCAUACGAUAAUGAGAGUGAGACUGGGAAACAUCCAUCACCACUGCCAUUAUCACCACCACCGCCUCUCCCCCGGCUCCGGCGCGACAAAGCCAUGUCAAGAAGAUCCUCCAUCCGCGCAAGCUUCUCAUUCAACCGGAAGUCCACCAUCGGUCCCAGACCCAGUCCAAUUUGCAUCAGUGCACCCUCGGACUUCAGACGAGUCCAGUCAAUGACCACCUUCCCACCCCAACCCCAGCCAAAAGCAACAACCCACCUCGAACUAAGCAUCUACAACAACCCCCACCACGCACUCCCUGACCUCCCCUCCUUCGACAACUUCCAUCUCAACGAGAUCAUCGACGACUCUGAAUCCCCAAUCAAACGGCCACAAAGAGUCUUCUCCUCGCCGCCGGAUUUCAUCCUCCCACCCGUGAUCCCUCGUGCGAGUGCGCAGAACACAGCAGGAUCGUUAUCAGGGCCAGCAUCGUUCCGCUUACCACGGAAACCCGUUGGGACGGCGCCGAAGCCGCGGCGGUCUUCUACUGCCUGGCCUACUGCUAAACCAGAGCGACAGCGUUAUUCGACUCCGGCGAGUCCUCUGAUUCCGCAUUUCGCGAGGGUUCAGCGCGGGCAACCUCAGCCCCGGGCUUUGUCCAUGGGUGUGGGGGCGGCAUUGCAUGGGGAUCUCGGAUUUACCCUGCAGGAUAGGAUGACGCAUGAUACUAACAACGACGACACCAACGCCAACAUGACACCUCCAAUAUCACCCUCUCCAACUCUGACCUCCCCUCAAUACCAAAACCAACACAAGUCUCUUCCAUUCUCGCUCCCACCAUCGCAUCCACAGCCACAACCAGGGCCAGAAACAGAAACACACACCCGCUCCUGGAGUGGUUCAACUCUCGCCUCUUCAACAUACACAUGCACAUACAAUCCCACCUCUCCCAAGGGAUUCGAUGUAUCAAUGAUUUCGCGACCUGGGUCUAGAACUGGGUUGGGACAAGGUGCGGUGCUGUAUCCGUAUCCGGCGCCGACCAUCUAUGAGGGGGAGCAGGUUGUUGGGUGUAUUUGA